AUGGACAAGUUCAACUUGAAAGGCCAGACGGCAGUGAUAUCAGGGGCAGCUCGCGGCCUCGGUCUCGCCUUCGCCGAAGCUCUGGCAUCAGCAGGGUGCAAUAUCGCAGUCUUGGACAUUCUUCCCGAAGCAUCACCGGCACUAUUCGAGCUGCAGUCACAAUACGAUGUCAAAGUCAAGUACUACACCAUUGACAUCACAGUCCGAGACCAGGUCACUCGUACAGUCUCGCAGAUUGUCCAAGAGUUCGGCAGCGUAGACAUCAACAUCAACGCCGCCGGGGUUGUGACUGACGAGCCCUUCCUGACCACCUCUGACAAAAACCUCCAGCGAACCUUUGCGGUCAAUGUCAAUGGAUCCUUCAUUGUAGCGCAAGCCUGUGCGAACGCCAUGGUUGAACGGUACAAGUCGCAGCACGGCGACGCGCCCGCGACGGAUGCGACGACUGGAAGCAUCGUCUUCAUUGCCAGUAUCGCCACCUACAUCGCCAGCACCGCACAGCAAAUCUCAUGUUACACAGCGUCGAAAGCGGCCAUCAAGGGCCUCGUGAAACCGGUGGCGAUGGAGCUGUCCCGUUACGGAAUCCGAGUCAACAGUCUCAGCCCAGGCUACACCAUGACCGACAUGAUGAGGGGCCUACAGUCCGAGCAACCGAGUCUGGUCAAGCAGUUUGAGAAAGAGACCUUAUUCGGGAGGAUUGGCUUGCCGGAAGAGCUGAAAGGGGCCGUACUAUGGCUAUGCUCCUCCAAGGCCAGCGGCUGGUAUACCGGCCAGGAUUUGCUGCUUGACGGUGGUGCGACUUCUUGGAAACAUCCUGCAGUUUUGAACUGA